AUGAACCAAUCUGCCGUCACCAGCUUCCGCAAAGCCCGCGACGACCUCGUCGCCCUGCUCGAGCAGCAAUCAACCUUCCUACGCCACGACAUCAACAGCCGCGCCUAUGUAAUCCCAAACCUCCGCCUGCAGCUAAUCCAACACCUCGACAUCGUCGCCUCUCUCUCGAGGAAGAUGGCCGUCGACAGCCGCCACCACCCCUACGUUCUAGUCCACCAGACCGGCUUCUACGAUACCGUCGUGCCUAUGCACUGCGCCGCGCUAAAGGGCCAGUGUGCUCAUCUUGCGGAUCGACUGCGCGAUAACCUUUGCACUGAUGUUCCUGUUGCUGUGGCGCGGUUAAUUGAUCAGAUUGUGGCUAACUUAUGCUUUUAG